AUGAGUUUUACCUUUAGAAGAAGAGAGACCAGAAACUUCAGUGUUCUUGUUGCAUGUUCUAGAGAGAGAAAGAUAGAGAGAGAGUAGUGGGUUAAGAUCUUUUUCUGUUUUUUGAAUCUGUUUGAAGAAUGGGUAGGAAACCCAAAGCCGCAAAGGUCGUUGAAGGAAUUGCUGAUACCAUGCCUGAAAAUGCAAAUCCUUCUUUGGAGAUGGUGAAUCCUGGGACUAAAAUGCAACCCAACUCUGCUUUCUUAGAUUUAUCGAAAAAAGACGCUGCUUGCUUACCUACGAAGAAGAAAGCAUCAAAGAACCAAAAAGCUAUUGUUAGGCGAUCUGAGCGCCUUCAUAACAUAAUCCCACAUGCUAGAAACCAAGAGAUAGAGCCUGUGAUUGAGGAAAUAAAUCUUGUUGAAAGCGAGAAAGAAGACGAGCCAAAUGUUGAACAAAAUUCCUCGGAGCCACUCCCACAUGAGAGAGACUUGGAAGAAAAAAUUGACUAUCUUGUUGAAACAAUGGAAGAAUUGAAGUCCAAGGCAGCCAAGAGGUACUUUCAAAGUGAAAUUAAACAGGGGGACCUCAGUUACAGGGGCCUUUAUAUUGAGUCACAGAAGAAAAUUGAAGCCUUGACAGAUGAAAACAAUCAGCUUAGUAAGAAUUUGGAAAUUGCUAUUGCAAAACUUGAAGGAUUUGAAAAAGGGAGUCGAAAUUGUUCUAAAAUCAUUGACAAACUGAAGGACGUAUUUUUGAUUUCAAAUCUGGCUAAAGCUACUGAAGCAGCCUUUAAUCUGCCAACACAAGAAACAUCUGGCGGGAAUUCUUCUCUUGAUGGAGCUGCUGAACCCCAGGUUUCUGCUAUGAAGAGAAAGAGGGUUGCUGCAAGAAGUAAAAAGAACUGAAUUUACCAAAUUAUUCUAGUAUUUUUGUGACUAACCUCUAAAAGCAGAAUAUGUUGGUAAUUAUGGUCCUCUCUUCUUUGUUUCUGUUGGUACUACUUAUGGGUUUCUAUUCUCAUGUCCAUAGUUUUUUGACUUGCCUGUUUGGAGAAGUAGUUGCUGCUGUUUGAUUAACUUAAUAGAUAAUCUAUAUGGUUUUUGCA